GAGGCGGGCAGCCUGGGUCCUGCUCCGGCUUCGACUCAGGCCCCGGAGGAUGCGGCGUGCCCAGGAUGCUGCCGCACCUGGUAGUGCUGCUGGCUGUGCUUCUCAGCCUGUGCCUCGGCUCCUGCGCGCACGGGACAGAACUGCCUAGGCCGCCAUCUGUGUGGUUUGAAGCAGAAUUUUUCUCCCAUGUCCUCCACUGGACUCCCAUCCCGAAACCGUCAAACAGCACCUACUAUGAAGUAGAACUUCUGAGGUACGGGCAAGAACUCUGGAAGUCCAUCCCCAGCUGCAGCCAAACCCAAGUGUCGUUCUGUGACCUCACGAUGGUGACUCUAGACCUGUACCACAACAAUGGCUACCGAGCCAAAGUCCGCACAGUGGAUGGAAACCAGUACUCGAACUGGACCUACACCAACACCCGCUUCUCUGUGGAUGAAGUGACUCUGACGGUUGGCAGUGUGAAGCUAGAGGUGCACAACGGUGUCAUCCUCGGGAAGAUCCAGCCCCCCAGGCCUAGGACAGCCCCUGUGGACGACACCUAUGAAAGCAUCUUCCCACACUUCCGCGAAUAUGAGAUUCAGAUCCGCAAGUUGCCGGGGAACUAUACGUUCACAGAGGUGAAAGUGAAACAUGAAAACUUCAGCCUCUCACCUCCUGGAGAACUGGGAGAGUUCUGUGUCAAGGUGAAGCCAUCUCUGAGCUCCCGAAUGAACAAGGGACUAUGGUCCAAGGAGGAGUGCAUCGUGCUCACCCGGCAGUAUUUCACCGCGACCAACCUCACCAUCUUCUUCACCUUCGUCCCGCUGCUGUGCGGAACCCUGGCCUACUGCCUGGCCCUCCAUCUGUACGUGCGGCGCCGGAGGAAGCUGCCCACCGUCCUGGUCUUUGAGAAGCCCCAGCCCUCCAGCUUCAUCAGCCGGCUUCCCUACCCCGAGCCUCAGGACACCAUCAAUCCCCUGGACGAGGAGGCCUUCCUCAAAGUGUCCCCAGAGCUGAAGAACUCAGAACUGCACGGCAGCACGGACAGUGGCUUUGGCAGUGGCAAGCCAUCCCUGCAGAAUGAAGAAGCCCAGUUCCUCCUCCCUUCCUCCCACCUCCAAGAUGGAGGGACCAUAGGCAAGGGGGUGACCCCAGAGCUGGAGAGCAACAGCGGUGGCAGCAGCAGCAGCACAGACAGCGGGAUCUGCUUGCAGGAGCCCAGCCUGAGUCCUGGCACUGGCCCCAGAUGGGAGCGGCAGGUGGGGGACAGCAGCGAGAGCCAAGAUGACAGUGGCAUUGGCCUAGUCCAGAACUCUGAGGGGCAGCCUGGGGGUGGGCAUGGUGGCUCCAACAAUCCCCUUGGGCCUGAGGGGCCUGGAGAAGAAGACCCAGCCUCAGUGGCUUUCCGGGGCUAUCUGAAGCAGACCAGAUGCUCAGAAGAGAAAGCAGCCAAGACAGGCUGCCUGGAAGAAGAGUCCUCCUCGACAGACAACCUUGGCCCCAGGCUCAGGACAUGCCUAGAUGCCGAGGCAGGCUGGCCUCCACCAGUGCUGGCUAAGGGCUAUUUGAAACAGGACCCAGGAAUGACUGUCACUCCCUCAGGGACCUCAACCGGACAGUGGGACCAGCCAACUGAGCAGUGGUCACUCCUGGGCAUGACCAGCUGUGCUGACCUAGGAGCAUCUGACUGGACCUUGGCCCAUGAUCUUGCCCAUCCAGAUAGUGUGGCAGCCCCAGUCGGUCUCCUGGGCAGCUUUGACUCAAACCUGGUCACCCUGCCACUGAUCUCCAGCCUCCACUCCAGUGAGUGACUCCGGCUAAGGGACUGCUUUCAAUUUCAGACAAGGGCCCCCGAGGGUCAGAUGCAUGAGGCCAAUGUGGGCACUCUUCUGCAAGCCCGGGGUGGGGGGACCAGCGCUCGCCAGGCCCAGCAGGGCUGGCUAAAGGGCCCAGGGCAGAGAGAGAGUCUCUUGCUAAACUCCUGCAGGCUGUAGGGGUGGCGCUGGCCCCUGCUGCAGGAGGGCUCCAAAGACUCUGGCAGAGCCUGGAAGGGCAGGGCGGAAAUCUCCCCGCUCCUUGGUGCUCUUCCUGCGCUGUGACAGAGUAUUUGCUGAAGGGAGUCACAGGGUUUUCUGGAACUGUGGGGAGGUCCAAGCUGAAGUCAGUUCGGACUCAAGCCUCGCCUCCAGAACAGCCAAGGGCCAGGGCUGGAAUGGUGGGCGCUUCCCUGCAGGGGUCAUUUCUAGGAGGACAAAGAAGGAGCAGAGACCAAGUUUGAUCUCUGGAUGGUCCAAGCUGGUCAGCCUGGGAUGAUCACAUGGAGAAGCUUCCCGGCUGGCAGCCCUCCCAGGCAGGGGGCUUGUCAUGGAAGAUCUUAGGAUGUGUCCAGUCAGUCAGUCUGCCAGCCCCAAUUAUGGAGCCACCGGGGAUGAGGGGAUGAAGCCCCCGAGGCCAAGCCACUCACUCCCUCCACCCUAAUGCCGCCACCAUCCUGCUGACGGUACCAGAGAAAUCAUGGCUCUUUGUAUUGGGCAAAACUCAGCCCUUCAGGUGGUCUCGGCGUGGGCACCAGCUCGCCCGGCCCAGAGGGUCAGGGUUGGGACCUGCGCUUGCGUUUACUGCUAGCAUUGAGCUACAGACCCACAGGACACAGCACUGGGCUCCGACCCCUGCUCUUUCAGCAUCCAGCUGUGUAGCUUGGGCCAGCCACUUCUCAGAGGCCCUCUUAACCUCUGAUAACGCAUGUGGAAUAAUGAGUCAGUGUCCAGUGGGCCCUCCAUGCUGGAUGGUAACCAAGCUGGCGUUAGGCCUGAUGUAUCCAGCCUGGUGUGACCCCGGGCUGGGAGGAAGUGGACUGCAGAACCCGUAUGUGCACACAACGGCUUUGUUCACAUGCUAGGGGUUAACAGAUUUAGCAGAAGUCCACGCUAAGAAGACCACCUGGCCCUGGGCCUGUGAAGGGGACAGGUAUGGGCUCUGCCUCCCCACAGUCCAAGUUGGGUUCUACCUUCAAAGCCAGUUUACAGUGCCUGGGCAAGAAAGCUGGGGGGGAGCGAGUGACAGGCCUGGGGUCUGCCUGCCCCCCCCAACCCGGGUCACCCCUCAGCCCUGCACUUUUCUGUGGCAUUCUGAGAAAGGACACUAGCUCAGGGAAUCCACCCAGACGCACCCCCGACUCCCCCACCACAUUAUACCCGGAGGCUCUGAUGUGCCCCUCUGAUAACUGAACUCCCUCUUGAAACUUGAGCUCGAGGGAGAGUUCCUCAGGGUUCUCUUGAAAGGUUUAUUUAUUUAUUUUGUUCACGUAUUUAUUGAAGCAGCAGCAUGGUCCAGUGCAAGGAUUCUGGGUAUCUCAAGAACCUGGAGGUUCUCAUUCUGACUCCACGGUUUCCAGCGUCUCCUCAUCUGUAAACUGAAGGGCCUCAAUUUCUUUAUCUGUAAAACUAGAAAGCCACACCUGAUGUGUGCAACGGACACGGGUGCGGGGCUCACCGAGGUGGUGGGUGUGAAUGUGCCUUGCACGACAGGCUCUGUAAAUCAGCCAUGUAUGUUUUUUACUUCAAUAAAUUGUCAGGACCUCA